AUGUAUUGGCUCAGUUUACCUUGCAGGUUAUCCCUGAAACUUCCAGCCAUGUACGAAUUCAAAACGCUCGUUAAAUAUCUCACGAACGAUUUAACCGAUUUUGAUGCAGUUCACGAUUUCUGCACUGCGCGCUAUGCUGAACGAGGUGUAGUAGCCCAAGGCAUCACCGCGCGCAGUUUAGAGCUCUCAAACUUCGGCCCGAUCAGUGUAUCCUAUUUUUUUCUUUAUAGCCGGUCAAAAGUACGUAAAAUAUUUAAUGUGCUGCAUCAAAAAAAAUUAAUGCCUGCCCCCAACACUUGUGGCUCGAGUGAAGUGAGUGCUGUUGAUCGGGUUGGGGAGAAGGGGAGGGGGGGGCACCCAUCAAAUAAAUACAAAUCAAUGUAG